GCCGUUUACCUUCCUGCUGGAGCGGUACCUGUUGAUAUACUUGCACUUUGAGGUGCUUUCCAACUGCUAGGUUGGCAGGAGCAGGGACCGAGGAACGGGAGCUCACCCCGUUUCGGGGAUUCAAACCGCCAACCUUCUGAUCAGCAAGCCCUAGGCUCAGUGGUUUAACCCACAGCGCCGCCCGCGUCCCUAUGUAAAGAUUAUUUAGCUUUAAAUUUUUUUAUGGAGGAUAGGGUUAUGGACAGCUGUCAUGAUAGCUGAAUACAGUCCCCAUGUACAGAGUGUAGCAGGCGGGUAGGCAGCCUUCCCUGUUCUGAUGCCCUCUAGUCGUUGUUGGACUACAACUCCCAUCAUCCUUGACCCUUGGUCAGGCAGAAUGGGGCCAACAUCUGGAGGAUGCCAGGUUGGAGGAGAAGGCCACAGUCAAGGGUAAGUUGUUUCUUUCUUGCUCUGCAGUCUGCUUGUGAACUUCCAAGGCUGGGCACUGUUAGAGUGCUGGAAUAGAUCAACCCUUUAGUUUGAUCUGUAUUAUAUAGUUGUUAUAUAUUUGGAUGGGGAAGAUGGAUAGAAGGCUUCCAAGAGGUAAAGCAUCUAUCUAAGCCAUGUAUAAACUGCCUGUUCCUCCUUAGUGGCAUUUUGCUUUCAGUCUAUGAUUCUAAAGUAGUUUCAGAAGCAGAACAAUGCAUGCAAUUGGAAGCUCUUGCAGAAUAAGAAAACAUUUUCUAUCCUGUGUUGCAAUUUUGUUUGUCCUCCGCUUCCCACCUUUGCGGAAGCUUUGCUCUAGGGUGGCUGAAGAACAAGCUGCAGGGCUCACUGCAGGAAUUGCAGGGUCGGAUUACUGCAGCAUGGCUUUCACUAAAGGUCACACUAGCCUCCUGGCAGGAAUUUUUAUUCACAUCUGAGUGAAACAGGUCAGGGAUUCUGCAUUCCAGUCCAGGAGAUGGUUGCUGUAAGGCUUGGUGCUACCAGGGAUGGAGAGGAGGAUCCUCCAGAGGCUGAAAGCUGUUUCACAGUUUUCUUUGUGCAGCGGGAGAAGCAAGAGUGUUGGCGCCUGGGGAUGCUGGAGUUCACUGCCCCUCCCAAGUCUCAGCUGGCAGUACGCUGGGUCAAUGCCCUACAGAGCUGGAUCCAUCACCACGGAGUUACACGGCCCAAGAGCCUCCUUGUCUUCAUUAACCCGGUUGGGGGACGCGGGCGAGCAGUGGAAAUCUACCAGGGUCAGGUGGCCCCACUCUUCACCCUUGCUGGGAUCCAUGUUCAAGUUCUGGAGACCUGCCAUGCCAACGAGGCUCAUGACUACAUCCUGCAGCAAGACCUCAGUGACUUUGAUGGACUGGUGAGUGUGGGGGGCGAUGGCACCUUUAAUGAGCUAAUGCACGCCUUGAUUAACCGGACACAGCAAAAAGCCGGGGGAUCAGAGAAUGACAUUGAUGCAGAACUCUUGUCCCCAAGGCUUCGUAUUGGCAUCAUACCCGCAGGUUCUACAGACUGCAUCUGUUUUGCAACUGUGGGAACAAACGACCCCAUCACCUCUGCUCUGCACAUUGUUAUAGGGGACAGCCAACCUAUGGAUGUCUGCAGCAUUUGGCACAAUGGAAAGCUUCUCCGUUAUUCAGUCUCACUGGUUGGCUAUGGCUUCUAUGGGGAUGUAGUGAGCACCAGUGAGAAGUACCGUUGGAUGGGCCCGAUGCGCUACACCUAUGCCGGAGCCAAGGCAUUGCUAAGGAACUGCAGCUAUGAAGGCACCGUGGAAUUCCAAGUGGCCAGAACGGAGGAGGCAAACCCAAGGGACCAAACACGCUGCCGCUCUGGGUGUGUGGUCUGUUCAGAGUCUAGCAAACAGUUACCGGCUGGGACAGAGGAAGAAAACCUUUCAGAACCGGAGCAGCACAUAGAUGGCGAAUGGCAGCAGGUUCAGGGUCGUUUCCUGGCUGUCAACUUGACCUCCAUGAGCAGUGCCUGCCCCAAGAGCCCGGAGGGACUCUCCCCCUGUGCUCAUUUGGCUGACGGUACAGCAGACCUCAUCCUGGUGCAUGAAUGCUCAGCACUCUCCUUCUUGCGACACUUGACUCGGCACACCAAUGGCUCAGACCAGUUUGACCUGCCUUUUGUGAGUGUGUACCGGGUCCGGGCUAUCCGUUUCACCUCAAAAGUGGAAGACCAUAAGGAUGGAGAACCAGUUGUACGACGACGCAAGGGGCUGUGUGGGGGGCUAUGUCAGGAAGAACCACCCACCAGCUGCUGGACCUGCGACGGUGAGACCCUGCAACAUACCGACAUCAGCGUCAGAGUCCAUGGGAGGCUCAUCCAUCUCUUUGCCCGCGGCAUCGAACAGGCACCCUGUAGGCUUCCUGCUGAUCCCAGAGAGGGGCAAAGCUAAAUGACAGCGCAGCCUGUGACUGCUGCUAAGAAUCUACAAGGCCAUGAACACUGAGGAGCCACUGCCUGAGCAUUGUUGGGGAAUAAAUUCCAGACUGGUAUCUCAGGACCUAUGAGUAACAGUGCAGCUCCAGAGAAACUGUAACCAGACGCCGCUGUUCCACAUUCAGAUUUGCAGAAGUGCCACCUCACACCUGCCAUUUUAGGGUGCUGACCCUAGAGAGGAACAGCCCAUGGUGCUCUGCCUGCUGUGCAGAUACCAAACCCCAGUGUCCUCCUGGUCCUCAUCACACUGGAAAUCAGUUGGCAGAAUAAAUGAAUGUCCAGCUCAGCAGUGCAGAACCUGUGGGCCAAAUUUAGUCUGCCAGGCUACGUCCCCCAAACCACCCCUCCCUGCCCAUUUGUUCAUAGACAGAAGUGGUUUUUGAGUCCCCCCUCAAGACUAAAGCCACUUGAAAUAAAUGCAAGGACCACGGUCUCCUUGUAACAACUUCCAUUUACAUACCAGAAUCAUAUAUAAAACUGAGAAGCAGUUUGUACAGGAAUGUAACAAGUAAUGCAGCAAAAGCAGAGCUAGUGCAAUUGAAAGAGCAACUUGUGUAGUUGGAACAGAGGGC